UAGAGACUAGAACAUUUUCGCGCGCGUUUGCGCGGACGAAUCUCUCGUCUUUUUCGCGUAGUGCACGCGUAGUCUGGGUGAAUUCGACAAGUAUGAAGUAUAUUUUAGUGACCGGAGGUGUGAUUAGCGGUGUGGGCAAGGGUGUCAUCGCCAGCUCUUUCGGCACAAUCCUCAAGCAUUGCAACAUUCGCGUGACGUCCAUCAAAAUCGAUCCCUACAUUAACAUAGACGCCGGAACGUUCUCACCCUAUGAGCAUGGCGAAGUUUACGUAUUGGAUGAUGGCGGAGAGGUGGAUCUAGACUUGGGUAAUUACGAACGUUUCCUGGACAUCACUCUUCAUAGAGACAAUAAUAUAACGACUGGAAAAAUUUAUGAAUAUGUUAUUACAAAGGAGAGACGAGGAGAUUACUUAGGCAAAACAGUACAAGUGGUGCCACAUAUUACCGAUGCUAUUCAGGAAUGGGUGGAGAGAGUCGCGAAUCAGCCUGUAACAGAAGAUGGAACUAAACCAGAAGUUUGCAUAGUGGAAUUAGGAGGUACAAUAGGGGAUAUAGAGGGAAUGCCAUUUGUAGAAGCAUUUAGGCAAUUUCAAUUUAGAGUAAAAAAAGAAAAUUUUUGUGUGGCGCAUGUGUCCCUAGUGCCACAGCCAAAAUCAACUGGUGAACCUAAAACGAAGCCAACACAAUCCAGCGUUAGGGAGCUACGAGGAUUAGGUUUGUCACCCGAUCUGAUAGUUUGUAGAUCGGAACAGCCUAUUGGUAAUUCCGUUAAGGAGAAAAUUUCAAAUUUCUGCCAUGUGGCCCCGGAGCAGGUGAUAACAAUUCACGAUUUAACAUCCAUAUAUCGAGUACCACUUCUUAUGGAAUAUCAACGUGUUAUAGAGUUCCUUAAUGAUCGGUUGCAAUUGAAUAUUGGAGUUCCGCGUCCGCGUUGCUUUAUGCGAAAAUGGCGAGAUCUAGCUGAACGCGUCGAUCAUCUGCGGAAAGACGUUAACAUCGCUCUAGUGGGUAAAUACACGAAACUCGAGGACUCUUAUGCUUCUGUUACAAAAGCGUUGCAACAUGCUGCAAUUGGAGCCGGAUAUAAACUGAACUUGACAUUCAUAGAAGCUGCUAAUUUAGAACAAACUACACUAUCUGAGAAUCCAGUCCUAUAUCAUGAAGCAUGGCAACAGCUUUGUAAAAGCAACGGUGUUAUUGUACCAGGUGGAUUCGGGAGGAGAGGAAUGAAUGGAAAAAUAAGGGCUUGCGAGUGGUGCAGAUUGAAUGACAAGCCGUUCCUUGGUAUUUGUUUGGGCUUACAAGCGGCAGUCAUUGAAUUUGCGCGAAAUGUUUUACAUCUUGAAACAGCAAAUUCUACAGAAAUCGAUCCAGAGACUCACUGUCCCGUAGUGAUAGAUAUGCCAGAACAUACUCAAGGUAUUAUGGGCGGAACGAUGAGACUGGGCAAAAGACAAACCCGAUUUUACAACAGUGAUUCUAUCCUAAAGAAAUUGUACGAUAAUAAAGAAAUUAUUGAAGAAAGGCACAGACAUAGGUAUGAGAUAAAUCCGGAUUUUGUCAAUGAUUUAGAAGCUGCUGGUUUGAAAUUCGUAGGUCGCGACGAUGAUGAAAACAUACGAAUGGAAAUUGCCGAAUUAGAAGGACACAGCUAUUAUGUAGCUGUUCAAUUUCAUCCUGAAUAUCUGUCAAGGCCAUUAAAACCAUCGCCACCAUUUCUCGGUCUAAUUUUAGCCAGUGUUGGCAAAUUGAAGCAAUACUUAGCGCGGGGAUGUAAAUUUUCGCCGCGUCAGUUGAGCGAUAAUGAGUCAGAUGAUGAUUAUAUAGAGGAAAUGACGAAAUUAAACUUUUCUAAUGGUGCGAGUAGAAGCGGUAGCAGUACAUCGGGUAUUAAUGAUUAGAAUACAAUUUAAUUUUUUAUUUUUAUUUCAUUCCCUAAUUUUCGCAUAGUCUGAUUUACAAUUGUACUUUUGUCUGAUGCU